AUGUUCGCUAACGCCAUUCCUGUCGGUUUUGUUUAACUUAAGUGACAACCGCAACUGACGAGGGUCCUUCUAAAAUCUCCAAUUUUCUAUAGUUUAUAUUCCCAAGGUGAUUUCACAUCAUUGCUCGCCCGUUCUUAGGAUGGUGUCGCACUCAUUGAUGAUGGUUGUUACAUCAGGUAUACGGCUAUGGUCAUUGAAGUUCCCUAUGAAACUUGAAGCGAGAUGCUGUUAGACGUUUUUGAGAAUCUGGAUCCAACCAUAGAAGGCCUGGUACUGGACACCCUAAGAUUACUUACCACAGAAUCCAAAGAUAGUUUAAAAGAAGCAUUCAUCAGCGACCAUGUUGACCCGAAGGAACUCACUGCCUCCUGUACACAUCAGCCGCAAAAACUAUACUUCCAAGGAGUAGUGUGGUGGCCCCCACUCAAAUUGUACAAAAAUAUUGUACUGGCAACACUGAUUCAGAGUGCAAGACAGCCAAUGAAAAAUGAGUAAUAAAACAGAGUGCCUUUACCCUUUAAGAGCUUUUGGGAUUUUGUUCAACGCUUUCGACAUUAGAUACUGGCGAUGUGUGAUGAAGCGAUCCGCCCAUUGCCCAGACAGAGACAUCAAAUUUUAUUUCUAUUCGAGUGUGACACAUCGACGGAAGCUGAUCGACGUGAGGAGCAAUGUCCCUCUCAAAUACAGUGGAUGGGACCCUGAUAAAAAGAAUGUCUUCAUCAUUCACGGAUUUAACGGAACGGAAAGAAAGGUGCCGAUGACUUACAUAAGAGACGCAUAUCUUAGACGUGGGGACUACAACGUGUUCACCGUGGAUUGGGAGCCGAUUGCCAGGUUUCCUUGCUACCUGUCGUCCAUCAGCAACACGCGGCUAGUAGCGCAAUGCUCGGCGCAGUUCUACUCCUAUUUGACACACAACGGUGCAUCGGCUGAGAAGACGGUCUGCGUCGGCCACUCACUCGGCGCGCACAUAUGCGGCAUGGUCAGCAACCACCUGGACAUAAAAAUGCACAAGAUCAUAGGUCUAGAUCCUGCGAGACCCCUCGUCGACAGGUUUGGUGGGAAGUCCUUCAAGUUGACGAAGGACGACGCGCACGUCGUACAAGUCAUCCACACGAACGCAGGACUUCUGGGCGAACAUCCUCAAAUCGGGCACGUCGACUUCUGCGUCAACGGAGGCAGAUCGCAGCCAGCAUGCAAAAACCAAAGGACGAGAAUCCGUAAGAGCAAGAUUUUUUCAAAGUUGGGUUCAUGCUUUUAUUUAUUUAUAUUUUUUCCAGGCCAAGCACGUUGCAGCCAUUUCAUGAGCGCGUGCUAUUUCUCAGCGACUAUUGCCGACGAGGGAGUUCGGUUCAAAGGCGUCCCGUGCACAGCUUCCUGCAAAAGGAUCAAAGGACUGGAAGAGUUUGCCGUUUCGAUGGGGGAGCACACUCCAGAAACGGCCAGGGGAACUUACUGCCUGUCGGUGUCCCACAUCAAGUCCUGCCCAUUCGAUUAAAAACAAACAGGCUACUUAGAAAAAUCACCUAGACCAAAUGAUCCAGUGCAUACAUAUUAUAUAUGUAUGGAAAAAUAUUUUUAAAAAAAGUGAUUAUAUAAUCAAACGAGGAUAAUUUUUAAAUGUUAUAAUUGGAGUUGGACUUCAAUUCAACAAACUUUAUUCUAAGAAUAAUUACAAGGAACGAUAUAACAUAAUAUUUUAUUUUUAAAAUAUGUGAAAAAGUAAUUUAUUCAGUAUAAUAGUAUGUUUAUUUUUUGCGUCAUGUUUGACCAAUGCCAAAAAUUUUAGACAUUAAUUAUUUUUUAGCAUAAAGCAGUAUCAUUGUUUAACCAAAAAAUGACCUAUUGAUCAAAGUUCCCCGUGUUUUACAGGGCAUCAAUUCUCGUGUAAGUAUUAAGGAAAUUAGCCAAAGUACAUA